GAAAAGCUGUGUUUAAUGAUGCAGACCGUUUCUUCAGCAAGUGUCACAACCUGCCCUGUUCAGCACAGCCCUCCUUUGGGUUAAAGUCCAGCCUGAAAGACUUGUUACUAAGUUGUGACAUUUUGCUGGAUAAGCAGCUUCCAAGGAGCGAUGGAGAAGUUAAAGCGAGUGGUGGAACAGGCCCGGGAAGCCUUCAACACGGGCAAGACGCGUCCUUUGGCCUUCCGGAUGCAGCAGCUGAAGGCCUUGAAGAAGAUGGUGCAGGAGAAGGAGAAGGAGUUCAUGAUGGCCCUCAAGGCAGAUCUCAACAAGAGCAAAUACAACAGCUUCAGCUACGAGAUUAUGAUCAUUCUGGGAGAAAUUGACCUGAUGCUGGAGAAGCUUCCCGACUGGGCGAGCCCUCAGGACGUGGAAAAGACCAUCCUGACGCUGACCGACAAGACCUACAUCCAUUGCGAGCCGCUGGGCAUAGUCCUGCUCAUCGGAGCCUGGAACUACCCCUUUGUCCUGGUCAUGCAGCCUCUGAUAGGAGCCAUAGCUGCAGGGAAUGCUGUUGUGGUCAAGCCAUCAGAGGUCAGUGAACACACAGCCAAGGUCUUUGAAGAGCUGCUCCCUCAAUAUAUUGACAAGGACCUGUAUCCCGUUGUCAAUGGAGGAGUACCUGAGACGACCGAACUGCUGAAGCAAAGAUUUGAUCACAUCUUCUACACGGGCAACAGCUUUGUGGGCAAAAUUGUAAUGGAAGCUGCCUCCAAGCAUCUCACACCUGUCACACUCGAGCUGGGAGGGAAGAGCCCCUGUUACAUCGAUGAGGACUGCGAUCUUGAUGUGGCUUGCAGGCGGAUUACAUGGGGGAAGUACAUGAAUUGCGGCCAGACGUGCAUCGCCCCCGACUACAUCCUGUGCAGCCAGUCCAUUCAGAAGAAAGUCGUGGACACCGUUAAGGAGACCCUCAAAGAAUUUUAUGGCGAGGAUGCAAAAAACUCCCCGGAUUAUGAACGGAUUGUGAACAAGCGACAUUUUAAGAGAAUCAUGGGCCUUUUGGAAGGGCAGAAGAUCGCCCAUGGGGGCGAAGCUGAUGAGUCUGCCUGUUUCAUAGCGCCCACAAUCCUCACGGACGUCAGCCCAGAUGCUCAGGUCAUGCAAGAGGAGAUCUUUGGCCCCAUCCUCCCCAUCAUCACGGUGAAGAGCCUCGAGGAAGCCAUUCAGUUCAUCAACCGGCGAGAGAAACCCCUCGCUCUCUAUGUCUUCUCUAACAACAACAAGGUAAUCAAGAAGGUCAUUGCCGAGACCUCGAGCGGUGGCGUUACAGCGAACGACGUAAUCAUGCACUUCUCCAUUCCGUGCUUACCUUUUGGCGGCGUUGGUAACAGUGGGAUGGGCGCCUACCACGGCCGGCACAGCUUUGAGACUUUUUCUCACCAGCGCUCCUGCCUCAUCCGGGCACUCAAGAUGGAGGCCGUCAACUGCAUUCGGUAUCCUCCCAACAGCCAGAAGAAGGUGGACUGGGCUAAAUUCUUCGUCUUGAAACGGUUUAGCAUGUGGAAGUUUGGCCUGGUUGCCCUUGCGCUGCUGGGCAUCGUGGCAGCCGUUGUGAUCAAGAAGAUUCAAAAGAGGCACAUUAAAUGUCUACAAUUCUGGAAGUCCACACCUCUUAAAGUUGCCAAGGUUGAGAAACACUGGUCUAGCGGAUCUUAGGAAGCUAAGCAGGAUCCAAUCGGGUUAGUAUUUGGAUGGGAGACGGAUGACCAGGAAGUCUGAGCUGGGAAACAGCUUGGGCAGUUGAAAAAAAAUCCCAGGAAAAGGCAGGGGCAAUCCACUC